AUGCCUCCAAAAUAUUUAUCUGGAUCUCAAAAAAGGAAAAGAAAACAAAGAGAAGAGGCACUUAUUCAAAGUCAGGCAGGAGAUAUUAAUAAAUACUUUAAUAUCAAUAACAAAAUAACUGUGGAACAGAAGAUUGAUAACUUGUUGGAUGUUGAACAAGAAAUUGUGAAUGACUUGGAUGAAGAAGAUAAUGAUAAUAUUUCUGUUAUUCAGCCUGAAACUAUAGAUCAAGAGAUUAUUUCAGAUUUGAAUAUUGAUGAUCCUGGAAAAUGGGAAAAAAUUGAUCAAAAAUUAAGAGAUUUUUUAGUGGAAAAGGGUCCAACAAGAAUUGAUGGCAUCUUGUUUCCUAAAGAUAAAGCUGGUAGACAUUUUGAUGCAUUGCAUUAUAACCGAAUACUGCAAAAUGGAGAAAAAAAGGAUAGAAAAUGGCUAGUUUAUUCAUCUUCCUUGGAUAGAAUAUUUUGUUUUUGUUGUAAGUUGUUCAUAAAUCACAACAACAAGAAUACAAUUAGUCAAUUAGCUACUGAAGGCUACAAGGAUUGGCAUAAUUUGACUCGAUGUCUUACAAUGCAUGAAGGAAGUAAGGAACAUAUUGGUUGUAUGACAACAUGGAAUGAUUUGGAGAAAAGACUGAAAAAAAAUAAGACAAUUGAUGAAAGCAUUCAGAUAGAAAUUAAUAAAGAAAAAGAGCAUUGGAGAUUAGUAUUAAAGCGGUUAAUUGCUGUUGCCUAUAGACUUGCAAAAAAUAAUCUAGCAUAUCGAGGAAAUUGUGAAAAGCUUUAUGUUGAGAAUAAUGGUAAUUUUUUACAAAUGAUUGAAAUGAUUGCUGAGUUCGAUCCAAUAAUGCAAGAGCACAUACGACGUAUUCAAGCACAUGAGACACAUUAUACAUAUCUUGGUCCAAAAAUUCAAAAUGAACUGAUUCAGAUGUUGGCAAAUGAAGUAAAAGCUGCAAUUCUUAGAAAAAUCAAAGAAGCAAAAUAUUAUUCAGUUAUACUAGAUUGCACUCCAGACAUAAGUCACGAGGAACAAAUGUCUCUUGUAAUACGUUGUGUGGAUAAUUCAACAAGCUCUGUUAUGGUUGAAGAAUACUGGGUAUCUUUUUUGAAAGUAGAUGACACUUCUGGAUUUGGACUUUUUACUGAACUAAAAAAUGUGUUGAAUGAUCUCGAACUUAAUAUUGAUGAUAUAAGAGGACAGGGGUAUGACAAUGGAUCCAAUAUGAAAGGAAAAUAUAAUGGGGUGCAAAAAAGAUUACUUGAAAUAAAUCAUAGAGCCUUUUAUACACCUUGUGGAUGUCAUAGUUUGAAUUUGGCAUUAUGUGAUAUGGCUAAUUGUUGUUCUAAAGCUAUGUCUAUGUUUGGAGUGAUACAACGUAUUUAUACAUUGUUUUCAUCUUCUACAAAGCGUUGGAAAGUUUUUAAAAAUCACGUAGAAGGCUUGACAGUUAAGCCAUUGUCACAAACUCAUUGGGAAAGUCAUGUUGAAAGCGUGAAAGCUAUAAAAGAACAAACAUCAAAAAUUAGAGAUGCUUUACUUGAUUUGGCACAAACGAGUAAAGAUCCAAAAACAAAGAGUGAAGCUGAAUCAUUGGCAACAUAUGAACUUGAAAAUUUUGAAUUCUUGCUUGGCAUGGUAAUUUGGUACAAGUUGUUGCAUGCGAUCAAUACUGUGAGUAAAUUUCUUCAAGGUGAAAAUAUGGAUAUUGAUAUUGCAAUUAAACAAUUAAAAGGACUUAUUCUUACUUUUGAGGAGUAUCGAGAGUUUGGAUUUGAUAAGGCCAUGAUAGAAGCAAAGCAAAUGGCAGAAGAAAUGGAGAUUGAAGCUACAUUUAAAGAAAAACGCAUUAUCCGAAGAAAGAAACAAUUUGAUGAAAGUAGUAGUGAAGAUGUGAUGCAAUCAGCUGAAGAAUCUUUUAGAGUUAAUUAUUUUAUUUUCUUAAUGGAUCAAGCUAUUUCUUCACUAAAAACUCGAUUUGAACAAUUUCAGAAGUACGAAGAAACAUUUGGGUUUUUGUUCAAUCCAGAAAGAUUAAAGUUUGCUAAUGAUGAUAAUCUAAUGAAAUCUUGUAAAAAUCUCGAAGAAACAUUGAGAUAUAAUGGCAAGUCAGAUAUUGAUGGAGAUGAUCUGUAUAUGGAGUUAUCAAUCUUGAAACAGUCUUUACCAGUGGAAGCAAAAAGAGCAAUAGAUGUUUUGAAUUAUCUGAAAAAUAUGGAUGAUUGUUAUCCAAAUACUCAUGUUGCAUACAGAAUUUUAUUGACCAUACCAGUUACAGUGACAUCUGCAGAAAGGAGCUUUUCCAAGUUGAAGUUAAUUAAAACAUAUCUUCGAUCAACCAUGUCACAAGAAAGAUUAAAUGGAUUGGCGAUGUUGUCUAUUGAAAAGAAAAUAGUUGAACAUCUUGACUAUACAAGCUUAAUUGAUAUUUUUGCAGCUAAAACAGCAAGACGCGUUGUAUUCAAAUGA